GGAGACUUGGUGUAAAGUACGGAGGCUAAGUACUGUGUAAAUCAACAUACAGAAGCCAUGUGGACGUUAAACAUCCUUUUCUGUGGGAUACUCUGUCUUUCUGUGAAAGGAAAACCUUUGGAGCGCCAUAGAAGGUUUAUAGAUGAGAACACACCAUGUAAGACGACGUUAGACGCGUCCGUUCCCGGCACGAUUAGCUCCCCUGGGUACGGUAAUGGCACAUACCCUCCCAACACAAUAUGUUCCUGGAUCUUGGUUGCGCCCCAGGGAAUGCAUGUGAUGAUUCAGUUCAAUAACUUUAGCCUUGAAAAUACACGUCGAUGUUUUCACGACUAUGUACGCAUUUAUGAUGGAACAGACACCAUCAGCGCCCCACUGGGUAACUACUGUGGUCGUGCAAUACCCAGUGACGUCAUUUCCUCUGGGGACACGAUGCUGAUAAUCUUUAAAACUGACGGGGUCACGGAGUAUAGCGGGUUUAGCGUCAUGUACAGUAUAUAUCAAAUACCGUUGCCUCCGACGGAGGUCUGGCGCGACGACGGAUGCCACGGUACCGUGCAGGUAUUUACGGAGCACCGGGGUUCCAUCUCCUCCCCCGGAUAUGACGGUCAAUCCUACUACAAGAACAAUCAGAAUUGCAGCUGGCGCAUACAGGCGCCUGACAACAUGAUCAUCCGGCUCAUGUUUCAGGAUUUUCUAACGGAGAAGAUUGCUGGGUGUACAUACGACUACCUGGCCGUUUACGACGGCCCCGACCGCGGCUCCCUGCUCCUGGACCGGAAGUGCGGCAUCCAGUUCCCAGACGACAUGUUCUCGUCUAGAAACGAGCUUUACCUCGUGUUUGUUUCCGACGCCGACCUAAGCUCCAUAGGGUUCAAUUUGACGUAUGAGUUCGUAUCAGCCGUUGCCACGUGCGGGAUGUUCCGGUGCGGGGACGGGAGCUGCAUCCUGAAGCAGAUGGUCUGUAAUGGAGUCCAGGAGUGUCCCGACCGCUCAGACGAGCUCCUAUGUGACAGCAGUAACUCCACGUGUGGAGUACCGGAAGUUGCCCCGUCCCUGAUGUCACAUCGAAUAGUAGGCGGAAGGGAGGCGGUGGCGCACUCGUGGCCAUGGGUCGUUUCGCUCGCUGUAAAUGGCUACCAUCAGUGUGGAGGCGCCAUCGUCCAUCCGCUAUGGAUCAUCACGGCCGCUCACUGCUUUGAGGCAAAUCGGCACACUUUAGAAUGGACGGUCGUGGCGGGAAAGCACCAGAAAACAAAACCAGAAAACGGUACCCAGACGCGCGCGGCUGAGCGUAUAGUGGUCAAUUCGGGCUACAACUAUAUAACCACAGAGAAUGAUAUCGCACUGGUGCGCCUACAGGAGCCGUUGACAUUCAACUCUCAUGUGCAGGCGGUCUGUCUGCCUGUCCGACCGCCCACGGACGGGGAGUCGGGCGUGGUUGCCGGCUGGGGUGAAGUCCUUGGCACGUGUUGCCCGGAAGUUUUAAAACAGGUUGAGCUGCCUGUUGUCCCCCGUGCCACGUGUACACAAUCGGACCACCUUGGUCCCCAGGUGACAGCCAACAUGUUCUGUGCCGGGUACGAGGCAGGAGGGGAGGAUGCGUGUCAGGGUGACAGUGGUGGUCCAUUCAUGGUGAGGGAUGGCGGACGGUGGCGGCUCCAGGGGAUCACAUCAUUCGGGUCCCUGUGUGCAGCACCCAAAUCUCCCGGGGUGUAUACCAAUGUGUUUAGUUAUAUAGACUGGAUUCAUCAAAAGAUUGCCAUGGACUAGUUCUUCUAAAUACAUAAUAAUUUCCUCGCCAAUUUUGUUGUUAUUUAUGACGCGUUUGUUUUUUGUACUGCAUGCAUUGAUAUGAUUUUUUACAUUAAAUAAAGAUUCACUCUUACUCCCAAAUAAGAUUUACCACAAUUAAUACAAUUGUUUUGAUUUACCAAAAAGGAUGAAUAAAUGUCGAAAACAAUGGUUCUUAUGAAGGAUACCGAGUUUAAUUUGAAAGAAAAGUGCAGAAAACACGGUAUUUCUACCUAAUGAGACGAACGUUUUUGUACAGUAAAUAUUUUAGCACUCACCAAUCAUUUAAUAUGUGUGUGUUUUCAGCUAUU